AUGGGAGGGACGAAAAUAAUACCACUGAAUCAAAUCAAGAUUUAUGAUAGUACGGUAGAGGAGGUUGGUGGUCACUCUGAUGUGACGAUGAUGACCCACAUUGACGAGGCUAAUAUUCUGCACAAUAUGGAGGUUCGGUACGGUAGGGAUUUGGUAUACACUUAUGUUGGAAGUGUGUUGUUGGCUGUGAACCCAUAUAAACGUCUUGGAGGAGAGGAGAGAAUGUCUGAGUACUGGGAGAAGCCGCCGCACACGAGGCCCCCUCAUCCCUAUGCAAUCGCGGAGGCAGCGUAUAGGAAUUUCAUAUCGACGCAGCAGUCACAGGCAAUACUGAUUUCGGGAGAGUCAGGAGCGGGUAAGACGGAGACAGCGAAGAUUGUGGCUUCGUAUUUGGCGAGGAAGCAGACGAGUGACGACAUAAGAUAUGCUGAGCUUGUUCAGGUGUUGAGGGCUAAUCCUAUUCUCGAGGCCUUUGGGAAUGCCAGGACGGUGCGAAAUAACAAUAGCAGCAGGUUUGGUAAGUAUUCGUCUUUGUGGUACACUAAGGGAGGGCGACUCGUAUGUGCAUCGUUGACUCCGUUCCUGUUGGAGAGCGCAAGGGUUACGAGUCACGCUACGGGAGAAAGGAAUUACCAUGUAUUUUACCAGCUUUUGGCGGGAUGCACAGAGGAGCAGCAGGAGAUGUUGAGGUUACGAGGAGAUGAUGGUCGUGAUUAUGCUCUCACCAACCAAGGAGGAGAUUCUGUUGUCAGCAACGAACAGCGAGAUCACGAUGCAGCUAAAUUCGCUGAGCUCUGUGAGUCUUUGACAGCAGUUGGACUGACUAAGGAAGAUCAGAAUGAUAUCUUCUCGAUCGUCUCGGCGUUGCUAUUGUUGGGCGGAGUCGAAUUUGAAGAAGAUAAGGAAGAGGAUGAGGAGGAGGGAAAUUUCUUUUUAGCCUCCAACUUAGUAGCAAACGAUUUCCUCCUGCUUGACGAUGCUGCAUCCCUUCUCGGUCUGGACACGAUGCUGCUGAAUAAAACGUUGUUGUACGUGAUGCUCGAAUGGCGUCCAUCGUAUGUAACUAGCUUUCACCUAAGAUACCGUCGAAUGAAGCUGAAUAAUGCCGCUAGUUCCUAUCAAGUAGCCCGUACACCAGAACAGGUAACCCAAUCGCUCAACACACUCAUCAGAAUAAUCUACGCCCGACUAUUCGAGCGCAUUGUGAAGAAGGUGAACAUGUUGAUGGGAUAUAAUGACGGAUCUAACGACAUGGAGAGGCUUUACAAUCACAUUGGAAUACUCGACAUCUACGGCUUUGAAAGUUUAGAGAAGAACUCAUACGAGCAACUGCUCAUCAAUCUCACCAACGAGAGACUGCAGCAGUUCUUCGUAUCCAAGGUAUUAGACAGGGAGCAGCAGGCGUAUGAAGCUGAGGGAAUCCAAUGGGAAUCAGUACCGUUACCAGACGCCACACCAACGGUUCGAGUCAUUCACGGCGCGCUGAGCAUCUUAGACGACUGUUGUUUACGGGCCUCGAGAGGGAUGCCGGAGGACGAUGAUAAAUACGUUGGAGAGGUUCAACAAAGGUUCUUUGACGGCAGUGCUGGCUGCAAGCUGAAGCCGCCAAAGCCUCAACGCGCUCCUCCCAAUAGAGGCUUCCGGAAGGGAAUGAAAAUUGAACGAGCGAAGAUCACGAGUGGAUUCAUCAUCGACCAUUAUGCUGGAGAGGUGACGUACACUGUGAGUGGUUGGAUGGAGAAGAAUAAUGGACGGAUGGUCCCCGAGAUGGAGAGCCUUAUAUUGGGCAGCUCAAAUGCCUGGGCCAGGGAGCUCGGCGAUCAGGAGGGGUGCUCGAUGCAGUGUGAAAAGUUCAAGUCGGUGAGGAAGCAUUUUACGGACGAGUUGGAGAAGAUGUUGAAGAUGCUCGACAAGACAGGUCUGCACUACAUCAGAUGCUUCAAUCCAAAUAGUCAGCAAAUGCCUGAUCAUUUCGAUAGGCGUUACGUCCUAUCUCAAGUGAUUCAAUGUGGCACGGUAGAGUUGGUGAAUAUGAUGCAUUAUGGUUACCCCAAUAGGCUACCAAUAAAGGACCUUGUCAAUCGAUACAGGCAUAUGAUGCCCAAACGAUUCCAUGCAAUGGAUGAUCGGUCGUUCAUAUUGGCGCUGUUGCAUGGUCUUGGGAUGCCUUCAACUGAAUUCUCGGUCGGUCUCACGAGAGUCUUCCUCCGGGCACGGCAGUUGGAGUUCUUGGAGAAGUUGAAGGGAAGUGGUGAGGCUCAAGUGGAUGUAAAUAUCAUUAAGGAAGUUCUGGCGAGGGUUGCAAGGCAGAGAUUCAAGAGCGCCAUCCACGUAGUUAUUAUUUGCCAGCGCCUACCUAAGAUUCUAAAGGCUUCUAAGCGGCUCCGGACUCUGGCGAUCCUCGCUGAUAAGAUAUGGUUGGUGUAUAGGAUCAAACGCGCCACCUGUAGGCUCUUGGCAGCUGCACGAAAGGUGAUUGAUGAACGUAAUAAGGAAAAUCAACGACUCGAGGAGAUGCGCAUUCAAGCGGCGUUGAAGAUGCAAGAAGAGGAAGAGGCUGCCAGGAAGGAGGAGGAGAGGCUUAGGAAGGUUGAGGAGGAGAGUCGCAGAAAAUUGGAAGAAAGAAGGAAAAGGGAGGAGGAAGUUGCUGCUGCUCGACAGCGGUCAGAGAAGCGAAAGCUCGAGAGUGGUGAUGGUGGCAGUUCGAUGAAGGACGGCCGAUUCGUGUCCCCCUCGCCGGUGUUGCCCUCUAGAAAGCUGCAGUUCGAAGGAAAGGGUCCGGUAUCGAGUCCGUGUGACUUGUCGUUUAAGAGUCCAGCGAAUGGAGGAUCGGUGGAGAGGCAAUCGAUCUAUCAUUCGGUUAUCAACCAGUCGCCGGGAGGGACGCCGGACUGGAUGAAGGUUGGGGAGAUGGCGAGGCAUGAGAGGAGGCAUAUUGGUAGUGCACUGGAUGCGUCGGCCUUAUGUGAUGACCUUUACAACGACCGGAGCCAACCGGUGAGGUUUCCCUUCGUUAUUGUUACUCCUGAUGAGUUGUCGGAUCAGCAGCCCUUCUGUCCGAUCCCUCGAGUCUUCCUAACCAUCAACAAUUUCGUUGAGGGGAAGCGUAUGAGCGAGAAGAAGUGGGGUGUUGGAGGAUCGAGUGUGGUCCGUUCCAAUGGGGUCGUCGAAACGGCGUUGUUCUUCGAUGCUGAGAGGAGACGUCUAGUGGCCGCAGAUAUACGGAUGAGGCCCAAUCGUGUUCAGCUGCCGGUGUGUGGCACGGGUUCGAGACGAGAAGUGCCGCUGAUGGCCUCGCGUGCGUAUGUGGUAGACCCGAUAAACAGCACGGUGGUUGGAGAAGGUGAGACGGCGGAUGAGCCUGUCGAAGCGAUAUGUCAACACCCGAAUAAGUUGGAUAUCUUUGCUACGACCAACGGGAAGGAUGUGGUAGGCAUUGCCAUCAUCUUGCAUAUCCUCAACGCCUCUUCUUGCGAGGUCGUCUGGUGUUGGCAUGGAGAUCAGCCCGGGGGGUGGGCUGGCGGCCUGGUGGAUAUGAAUACCAUUUUGGAGGCGAAAUGUGUGAUCUCUGAUAUGCUCGGUGGAGCAGCCGCAUGUAUCAGAUUGAUGACCUUCCUCCCCCACGGCAAUAGAGUCCUCCUGGUAUCGGUAGUAGAAGUUAGAAAUAGCAUCGGGGAAGGAGGCGCCUUAAGGCAUAUCAUCAGACUGGACGAGGUCCUCCCACAACGCAGCGCUCAACAAGGCAAUCACUACAGGACUCGCAGACACCACGAUUCUGUGGAGCUCGAAACGCCAGCCGUUCGGGUUGCGGUGGCGGCGACGGUAGGGAUGGAGGAAUUUGUCAUGAACAGUGGUGAGUCGAAACAGAGUCUUGUGAACCCUUUCCGUGUGUUAACUGCUGGUCUGUCGGGGCGGACGGUGUUGGUCGGAGGCCGCAACGUCCUCCAGCUGUUCGAAGUGGUGGAGCAAUCGAUGGGGGAUGGAGGAUCAGAGAAUAAAAGGGAAGAGAGGAGGAUUAGAUGUGACGGAUUGCCUGCCGAUCCUUCCGGAGCAGGAGGGACGGUCGAUGAGGAGAUCCCAAGAAGGUUUGAUGAUGAUCGAUCGUUAUCUGGUCACUUCCUCAUCGGGGCAGGUGGUGUCUUUGGUGGUAUCUUCACAACGUCAUCGUGGGGCUUCGCGGUGAGAUCUAUUGUGUGUCCAUGGAAAGAGACUCGAAGGUUGACACCGACAGGAAGCAGGCCUUCCAAAAGAGCGACGGGUCCUGGUUUGCAUCCUCCUCGUGAGAGGGAAGGCGACAAUGAGGCGAUGAAGGCGGCGCGACGCAGAACUGACCGCCAGGCUGCUGUAUUUUAUAUGCUAUGUAACGCUGGUGUGGUACGACAAUACAAUGAGUUGUCUCAAGAGAGGAAGUGGAAGUUGAGCGGAGAGGAGUGA